CUCUGCUAUUAAGAAAGCACCCUCCUCGGUAUAUAAAGCAGUGGGGAACCGGGUUUCAGCUCGUUCAGCUGAUAUUAUUAUCCUGAAUAAUAUUUCUGAAUUCUGAGCCUGGAACGGACAGCGCUUGAACACAACACACAGCCGGCCAGUGCAACGUGACACUGCAGAAAUGUCUCAUACGAAACCACUGCUCAUCCCAUGGCUGCGGGCCCAGAUUGACGGCGAGAAGUAUCCUGGUGUCCGCUGGACAAACCAGGAGUGCACAGAGUUCUGCAUCCCCUGGAAACACGCUUUGAGACAGGACUCCUCCAGCUUCGACAUCCUCAUCUUUAAGGCCUGGGCAGAGGCCAGCGGCAACGGCCCAGCUCAGGGAGACUGCUCAGUCUGGAAGAGGAACUUCCGCAGCGCCCUCCGAGCCAAAGGCUUCAAAAUGCUCACUGAUAACAAGAACGACUCGGCAAACCCACACAAAGUGUUCCGCUGGCCAGAGGAGCCAGGGUCAGGAGCAAACUCUUCUGCUGGAUCCCAGGACCAAGAAGAGCCGGAUUUGUUUGAGGGUUUUGUCCUUCCUGUACAAGAAAGCCAGACUAUUCACUGCUUAGAAGACUGUCUCUACCUUCCAGAAGAAGCUGUAUUUUCAGACUCCACUAUCAACCAGGAUAUUCUCCAGGAGUGUCUAAAGGGACUGAACAUUGAACCUGAAAGAGAGGGUACGGCAGGCUUCAAGGCUCCUCCUGGGCAACAGCAGCUGGAAAAUCAGGUUGUGAUUGGUGCGUGUGCGUUGCCUGGGCAACAGCAGUAUCCAGUAACGUUUGAGGGUGCAGUCAGUGAAGCUGGGUUGCCUGAGCAACCAGCACAUCCAAUGGUGGGAGCUGUGGGAGAGGCCUGUGGUGGGCAGUUUGUGGAGCAGUUCCUAGAUACGAUGAACAAGGCCAAUGACAGAGACCAUUUCAAGACCCAGUUCAGAGUAUGUGUGUUUUACAGAGGGGUGAAGGUGUUGGAGCAGCUGGUUGAGAAUGAAGCUGGAGUCCGCUUAGUUUACAGGCCUGAACUCAACGGGCCAAUGUUGGACCACCAGUCAGGCCUAUCUGUGGUCUCUCUGCCAAGUCCUGGAGCCAUGCUGGAUAAAACCCAAGCCAACCUGACCCAACGCAUCCUGGAGAAGCUGGGUGAUGGUUUGGAUGUGGGGGUGUCUGGCCAUGUGGUCUACGGCCAGCGACGGGGAGAGAUCAAAGCUUUUUGGAGCUUCUCUAAGUUUGACCAGAGCGGACGGCCACAAGAGGUUUCUAAACUGCAGCCACAACCACUCUACCUGUUCAAGGACUUUUUGCGAGGAAUAAUGGAGUUCACUGGUGGGAAAGAGAGCUUUCCCUGCUCCCUGUUCUUCUGCCUUGGGGAGAAGUGGCCUGACCCUGACAACAGGCCUUGGGAGAAGAAACUCAUCACAGUGGAGGUGGUCCUGACUUCAAUGGAGUUAUUGAAGAAUAUGGCUGUCGAAGGCGGCUCCUCCUCUUUGCAGUCUGUAGAGCUACAGAUGUCCCUUGAAGAGAUGAUGGAGAUGUGCUGAUGCACUUUGCUGCACUUGAAGAAA